GAAGCGGGUCUCUGCCCUCACUAAAGAUGGCUCCGGCGGCUACCGGGGCCGGACCACGUGGGAGCUGAAAGGGGUUGCGGCGCGGGACAUGGAGCCUGGGAGGCUGGAGAAGUUCCCCAGCCCGGGCAGGGGCAGCGGCCUCCGCGCUCUGAAGCGGGCGCGGCCCGGCGAGCUGCUGUACCGGGCCGAACCCUUCGCCUGCACCGUCACCAAGCAGCGACUGGGUGGCGUGUGCGAGCGCUGCCUGCGCAGGAAUGAACGGCUGCUUAGAUGCUCUCAGUGCAAAAUUGCCAGAUACUGUGAUACACGUUGUCAGAAAGAAGCCUGGCAGGAGCACAAGCGAGAAUGCAAGUGUCUUAAGAGUAUUGAGCCUAACUUUCCUCCUGACUCAGUGAGACUUGUUGGCAGGAUUGUUUUUAAACUACUUGGACAAUCAGCAGCAUGUCCUUCUGAGAAACUCUACUCUUUUUCUGAUCUUCAGUCAAAUAUUGAAGAGUUAAGUGAAGAAAUGAAAGAGGGUCUCAGGCACCUGGCACAGACAUUGCAGCUUUAUUUGCGAGUGGAGAUCCAGGAUGCUUUUCAGCUGCUACCUGCAAUAGACAUUUUUCAGAUCUUCGCAAAAGUGACCUGUAACUGUUUCACCAUCAGUAAUGGAGAAAUGCAGGAUGUUGGUGUUGGCCUGUAUCCCAGCAUGUCUCUCGUGAACCACAGCUGUGACCCAAACUGUGUGAUUGUUUUUGAGGGACGCCAGCUUCUACUUCGGUCAGUCCGGGAGAUCCAGAUUGGUGAAGAGCUCACUAUCAGCUAUAUUGAAUCACUGAUGCCCAGCAGUGAGCGUCAAAAACAUCUGAAGCGCCAGUAUUGCUUUGAAUGCAACUGUCUUCUAUGCAAGACACAAGAAAAGGAUGCUGACAUGCUGGCAGGUGAAGAGCAAGCCUGGAAAGAAAUCAAAGAUGCUGUAGCUAAAGUGGGAGACCCAAGGUCACAAGAAGAGUGGGAGCAGGUUCUGGCAAUGUGCCAGGCUCUUCUAAAUAACAAUGCAGAUCGUCUUCCAGACACAAACAUCUAUCUGCUGAAAAUGCUUGACUGUGCCAUGGAUGCCUGUAUUAAUCUCAGACGUUGGGAGGAAGCCUUGCUUUACGGCAACAGGACUCUAAAACCAUACAGCCUGUAUUAUUCCAGCUUUCAUCCCUUGAGGGCUGUCCAGAUGAUGAGAGUGGGUAAAUUGCAGCAUACUCAAGACAUGUUUCCUCAAGCACUGGAGACCUUGAAGCAGGCUUAUAACAUUAUGAAAGUAACCCAUGGAGCAGAUCACAGCCUGGUGCAAGACCUGAUGAAACUUAAGGAACAGUGUGAGGCUGACAUGCGAGCACAGUGAGGAUGAUUUCAGGCUGGAAAACUAACAUUCAGGGGGAAAGGAAAGCACAUCUUUUUUGUAUUGACAUUCUAUGACCUGAGCCAAAGCCCUCUGAAUUCAUUGGAAUGACUCCCAUUGAGUUUGGUAGGCUUUGGAUCAGGCCCUCUUUCCUUUGCUAAAAUGUUUAAUGUUUAUUAGCUUUGCUGUUCUGUGGUGUAAUUUUCCUCACUGAAUUCAAAUGUGGAGGAAUACAGGCCAUUUUCAGAAGGAGUCUGCUCUCUGGGAAGCAACAUAGCAAAUAAGUCUUAGCAAUUGAUGUUAAAGUUACAUGUUGGUAAUAAAAAACAUACCUGUAUACAGAAUACUGCUGUGCACAAAUCAGCAUCUUCUUUGACUGUUUAUGAGGUGUUUAAAUGGUCCCUCUCUAUGUUUAUUUUUUAAUAAAUGGGCCUGAACCAAAAGCCCAGGUUCAAAUGUCUCUGGACAUAGGAAGAGUUUGAAAUCCAGUCAGACCCAGACAGUACUUGUCUCACCAUUCUGUUGGUUUCCUUCUCCCACUCUAAACUGAAUGCUUCUUUCCAGGCUGCUCUUUAUGUGGAGAAUGACCUCUGAAUCCCAGCUGGUCAAACCACCACCGUCCCCCAGGCUUAUUCAAAUCCUCCAUGCCCACGAUAUGUGAAUUCAUAAUAAGAGGGUAAAUAUGUAGUUACAGAUCCUCAUCUCUUGUAAAUCCAUGUAGCACCAUUUAAGUCAAUGGCCAAUUGACUAUGUAAGUUUACACCGGCUGAGGAUAUGGCCCCAGAUACAUAAUCAAUAGAUAUAUAGAAAACAUAAAUUAUUCCCUCCUCUUGAUUUCCCAGCAUAUCCGGUCUCUGAAGACCUGAUUCAAAGCCCAUGGAAGUCAAUGGAAAGACUCCUGAGGAGCUGAGUGAGUUUACCCUCUAGAUUGUAAGCUUUUCAAGGCAGUACCUCUCUUUGGUUUGUGUCUUGAAUGGGGUGCAGCACAUGUAUAGCAAUUCCCGAUAAUAUAACAAUAUCUAUAUUUUA